AUGGAUAAAGGGAAACAAGUAAUGCCUACCAGGUUUGGUGAAAACCUUCCUGGUUUUAUAAAUAACGAAGUAUUUGAAACUAUUCCUGGUGUUAAUAGCUUAGAGUUGUUUGAUCUUGUGAACUAUAACUUGUCCAAUCUUGCAAACUAUGAAUUGUCUGGUCUUUUGAAUUAUGACUU